AUGGCCGAAGAGGAGAAGACAGUGACUGCAAUUACUACCGAUAAUACUUUGGCCGAAACUACCAAUACCGAGGAGGAAAAAGCUCAAGAAGAAGAGCCACGCUGCAAGGUCUUUGUAGGAAACUUAGCCUUUCAAACUAGUGAACAGCAGUUAUCUGAUUUUUUCAGUAAGACUGGCAAAGUUGUGAAUGCUAAUAUCAUUACUCGUGGCACACGCUCUCUUGGUUAUGGUUUUGUUACUCUUGAAACCGAAGAAGACGCCAAUAAGGUCGUCGAAGAACUCAACAAGAAAGAUUUGGAUGGCCGUCAAAUCAAUGUUGAAGUUGCUAAGCCAAAAACGGAAAAUACUGCCCCUAGUAACAACUACUGGAACUCUGGUGCACGUCGUGGACGCGGGAGGUAUGGUUUCCGUAGGGGUAGAGGACGAGGGAGAGCCCGUGGAAGGGGUAGAGGUCGCAAUGGCUGGCAAAGCCGUCGCCGGUUUGGCGGUCGCGCUGGUGAUGAAAGCGGUGAUGCUCAUGCCGAUAACAAUGAGUCCACUACGGCUAACGCCACUGAUGCUCCAACCACGAAUGGAUCAAAUGCAGAAAAUGAAAGUUCUAGAAUGUUUGUUGCUAAUCUUCCCUUCUCUGUCGAUGAUAAUGGUCUGAAGGAGAUCUUCAAAGAUUACGAUGUCGUUAGCGCUCACGUUGUUCGUCGUCGUGGUGGACGUUCCAAGGGUUUCGGAUUUGUCGAUUUAGCCAAUGAAGAUGAACAAACGAGAGCUCUUGAAGGGUUGAAGAACGUCGAUUCUGAAGGUAGAGAGUUAGUCAUUAAAGUUGCAUUGAGCGGUCAUCAUAUUCGAUCAGGUGGUGAUGCUGAGAAGGUGGAAGCACCUACUACUUCUGCCGAUGAGAAGAAAGAAGUCGCUGCCGCCUCAGAAUAA